UUCUGCUAUGCGCAUCGGACGAGGAGACGCCACUUGCGCUUUGGUUUUGGACUGGUGUUAAAUCUUUUACUGUGCACCACUGGACAGGAUGGAGCAUUGGAGACAAUGUGCGUUAUGGCUGAUCAAUUGCAGGGUGCUGCCACCGAACCAUCGGGUGACAUGGGAGUCCGCUCAGGUGUUCGACCUGGCGCAGACCCUGCGGGAUGGGGUCCUCCUGUGUCAGCUCCUCAACAACCUGAGACCCCAGUCCAUCAACCUGAGGGAGAUCAACCUGAGACCUCAAAUGUCACAGUUUCUCUGCUUGAAGAACAUCAGGACAUUUUUGCACGCCUGCUCGGAGAUAUUCGGCAUGAAGAAGAGCGAGCUGUUUGAGGCUUUCGAUUUGUUUGACGUUCGAGAUUUCGGAAAGGUUAUGGACACACUGUCCAAACUCUCUCAUACACACAUUGCACAGCAGACUGGAAUAAGGCCGUUUCCCACAGAAGAGAGUGUUGAGGACGAAGACAUUUAUAACCAUCUAGAGGAUCUGAUAGAUGAGAAUGGUGUUGAGGAUGAGGAAGAUCUCUAUGACUGUGUGUAUGAUGAUGAUGAGGGAGGAGAGGUGUAUGAAGACCUGAUGAAGGUCGAGCUGGUACAACCGCAGAAACAGGUCGAGACGGACAUCAGAAGCUGCUGUCUGAUGGAAAUCAAGCAGACUGAGGAGAAAUACACAGAGACGCUGGACUCCAUAGAGAAGUUCUUUAUGAAGCCUCUGGGACAGUCACUGUCCAGUGUGGAGAUUGAAAAAGUGUUCAUCAAUAUACCAGAGCUUGUGAAGGUGCACAUGAGUCUUCUGAGAGAGGUCCAGGAUUCAGUGAUCAUGCAUAACGCCAGCAACCUGUUUCAGAUCUUUAUAAAAUACAAAGAAAGAUUAGUCCUGUAUGGGAAGUACUGCAGUCAAGUAGAAUUAGCCAUUGCGUUUUUGGAUGACAUCUGUAAGAACAGAGAGGACGUCAGGCAGAUGUUAGAGCUAUGUUCCAAACGAGCCAAUAACGGGAAGUUUACUCUGAGAGAUCUUCUGGUGGUUCCAAUGCAGAGAGUUCUGAAGUAUCAUCUACUUCUACAGGAACUGGUGAAACACACCCAUGAUGCCACAGACAAAAGUAAUUUACGGCAAGCGCUGGAUGCCAUGAAGGAUCUGGCUCAGUAUGUCAACGAGGUGAAGAGAGACAUCGAGACUCUCCGAGACAUCGACCAGUACCAGAAAUCUAUAGAAAACCUUAAUCAGUCUCUACGUAUCUACGGGAGACCGAAAGGUGACAGCGAAGUGCGAGUAGCUUCAGUCGACAAACGAGCCAAACAAGACAGGCACAUCUUUCUGUUCGACGCCGCCGUGAUCGUAUGCAAACGGCGAGGAGAUAACUACGAGAUGAAGGAGGUGAUUGACCUCCACUCCUUCAAGAUCACCAACAACCCAACCUCAGAGAGAGAAAACCGCAAGUGGUGCCACGGAUUCUACCUCACACACAAUCAGGGUCAGAGCGGCUUCGAGUUCUUUUUUAAAACCAAGGAGGUGAAGAAGAAAUGGCUGGAGCAGUUUGGCAUGGCAUUAUCGAACAUCUGUCCAGAGAGCGGGAAAAGUAAUUCCCAUGAGUUCCGCAUGCACACCUUUGAGACAACCACAUCCUGCAGCUCGUGUAAAAUGCUGCUGAGAGGUGUCUUCUAUCAAGGCUACCGCUGCUCUAAAUGUGGUGCUGGUGCCCAUAAGGAGUGUCUUGGUAGGGUGGAAGUUUGUGUCAGCAGUGUCGAUUCCAGCUCUUUCGGAUCCCAGGUUGGAAAAACACCCUGUCGUGGAGGAGACACAGGUCUCCCUAAGAUGACGGUCAUCCGUAAUUACUAUGGGGUUCCAAGCCCCCUCUGUGGCCCACCUCUCAACAUCCAGGUUGGUGAUGUCAUCGAGGUGAUGGAGGCAAACAUCCGUAGCAGUUGGUGGAAGGGUAGAGUCCUGGCAACUAAGGAGGUUGGCUUCUUUCCAAGCGACGCAGUGAAGCCAUGCCCAUGUGUACCCAAACCUGUUGACUACUCUUCUCAGCCUUGGUUUGCAGGCCCGAUGGAGAGGCUGCAGGCAGAGGAAGCACUGCUCAACAGGACGAGCAGCACGUACCUGGUCCGUCACAGAAGCCGAGAGUUUAACGAAUAUGCCAUCAGCAUCAAGUACAACAACGACGUGAAACACAUCAAGAUCUUAACAAAGGACGGACUCUUCCACAUUGCAGAAAACAGGAAGUUCAGAAGCAUUUUAGAGCUGAUCGAGUAUUACAAACAUAACUCUCUGCGGGAAGGAUUCAGGACACUUGAUACCACGCUGCAGUUCGCCUACCGAGAGCCGGAGAAUGGAGCCAACAGUACGUACCCUGCUCACAAAAACAGAGAUUGCUAGUUGCAGAUUCACACGAACAACUCCGAAAUAACAAAACAUGCGCUGGUUAUAUUUAUCACAAAAGCCUCAGGGUGUUUGUUUAAUCUUAGUUCGAGUAUAAACAGUGAUUUAUGAUGUUCUUGAUUUUGUGUUCAAUAGUUCAAAACACGUGAUAUUGUUGUGAUGGACAGUAGCUAUGGUCACCAGGGCAGUUGCUAUGGUAGCAGUGUUUCUUCACUGAAAGUCUUUGAGCUCUUUGAUGCGGAUUUGAGACAAGAUCUUCACUCGUGUUCUCAGGUGUCUUGAUGUUUAGCAAUAUGAUUUCUCUUAGUGUUUUUCCUAACCAGAAGGUACAAUUCAUGAAUUGAACAUGAACUAGUAUGAGCA